AGUCUUCAGCUGUUUAAAGCCUGAAGUAAAGUUUAGCUGUAAUCGCUGAGGAGGUGCCACCUCUAGAGGAAGCCGCUGAUCAUCUCAAGCUGAUAUAACCUUGAGUUGCAAACUGCAUCCGAGGCGACAGUGAUGAGAUGAUCACUUUCUGCUGCUUCCUGCAGACUCUGGUGGGCCAAAAACUUUUCUGAGCAUCAGAGGAUUUCUUUUUGGUUUUUUUUACAGCUCUUGCACAAAGAUGUUUACAGAUUUGAACCAGAGGAUGACCGACUUAGCAGGAAGCUGUGGUGUGGUUGACACACUCUUUAGCGGUGUAAAGAACUCCCUCCAAUGGGUAAAGCGCCUCUCCGUCAGAACAGCAGCUGAGGAUGGAGAUAGCGGUGCUCUGCGCUGUAGUUGGUUGCCUCAGAGUCCUUCCCAGCAGAUCCCAGUUCUUCCAGUAUGAGCCUGUUACUCUGAGCUGUGAGGGAAACUCGUCUGAGUGGAGAGUCAGAAGAAACACGUCAAGACAAAGAAACGAACUCUGUCCGUCCCCAGCCCAUAGAAAUGCCUCUAUGUGCUCCUUUCCUGAGCUGUAUGAAGUAGACUCUGGAGUUUACUGGUGUGAAUCUGCAGCAGGAGAACGCAGCAAUCAAGUCAACAUCACUGUUACUGAAGGACCGUUGAUCCUGGAGAGUCCUGGACAUCCAGUGAGGGAAGGGGAACACGUGACUCUUCACUGCAGAGCCUUAUCGUUUGUCUACAAUCUUACUCAUUUCUAUAAAAAUGGCGUCCUCGUUGGGACCAGCUCUACGGGAAACUUUUCCAUCCGACGUGUUUCUAGAUCUGAUGAAGGACUCUACAAGUGCAACGUCUCUGGAGUCGGAGAAUCCCCAGAAGCAUGGCUGGCUGUCAGAGGGCACAGUCCUCAAACGCCUACUGCUCCCCUCACACAUAUACUACUUCCUGUUGUGGCCGGCUGUUUGUUGCUGAUGUUGCUGAUGUUGCUCUGCCUCUGGAGAAACCACAAAGGUAGAUUGGACCGUGCUGUGUCAUACACUGACGUCACCAUCGCAGAGGAGAGGAAACCUCAAAGAAUCACUGAUGUGGGUGCUGUCCCGACCUUGUAUUCACAAGUGAUACCAGAUGACAGCUGACAACGUGAAAACCAGCAUUACUGUAGAAUUGUGUGUAAAUUUUUUUAUCAGGGCACAGCAAUCUUCGUUCCACAUAAAAUUUUCUUUGCAGCCUUGUACAUUUUGCUUGGUUACAAACUUUUAACAAAUUGCUCACAUUUUAUGCUUAUUGGAAAUGUUUAAUAAUUUUCUUUGCAGAUGAUGAAUUUAUUUUAUUUUCUUUAUGUGUAAAUCUGAAAUUGGAAAGGUUCUCUAGUACGAUUGUUUUCAUUACAUUUUGGUUUAGACUAUUAUUAUAGUGUUAGCCAUUUCUCCUGUCGGUUCCUACAAUACUUUUGGGUCUUUCUUCAGUCUUUGUUUACUGGGCCCCUUCAUACUUCCUGCUUAGAUUCUUUCCUACUUUUCUCUGCAUUCCUCUGAUUAGUCCCAACUGGUUCCUAUGUCACCAUUCUUACCUCUUUUUGUGUGAUUCCCUCUAGUAAUAUGGCAAAUGAUUUAUACUGUUUUAUGAAAUGUUUUCAUCCUGUUGUUGGUGUCCUUUGUGUUGAAGUUUGUUUGGUUAAUUCCUGUGUUAUGGUGAAUUGUGCUUUUGAGUUCUUAAAAACAGUUGUAGAAGAAGAAAAGAUGAAUCCCUAUUCAUCAGGGGUGUCAAACAUUUGGCCCGGUUCCGGCCCGCUGAACAAUUUAGUCCGGCCCGGUGGCCUAAUGCAUUAUCAUUAUAAAAAAAUAAAUAAAUCUUUUUUUGUUUUGUUUUCCAGUCUC